UUUAGUAUUGUGCCAGUCGGGGGGGCGGUGACAUAUUUUACCCGUCAUCGUCCUACAUAAUUUUGUGAUUUUGAUAAAAGGCGAAAAUCAGUGUUUCAAAGUGUAUACUAGAGGUUUAUGUCUGGACUGAACGUGAUGAUGGCGGGACAGACGAUAAACGAUAGGCUGCUGGCCGCUCGCCACAGUAUCGCGGGCCAGGGACUAGCGAAGUCAGUAUGCAAAGCUACAACCGAAGAAAUGAUUGCGCCUAAGAAGAAACAUUUAGAUUAUCUAGUCCACUGCACAAACGAGCCCAACGUGUCCAUACCACAGCUGGCCAACCUACUGGUGGAGCGCACACAGAACACAAACUGGGUGGUGGUGUACAAAGCUCUAAUAACAGUUCACCAUCUGUUAGCAUAUGGCAACGAGAGGUUCACACAAUACUUAGCGUCGAGUAAUUCCACAUUUCAAUUAAGUAAUUUUCUCGAUAAAAGUGGAGUACAAGAAGGCGCUGCGGGGGCCCGGAUUGGGUAUGAUAUGUCGCCGUUCAUCCGGCGAUACGCCAAAUACCUGAACGAGAAGGCGCUCUCCUACAGGACCGUUGCCUUCGACUUCUGCAAGGUGAAGAGGGGCAAAGAGGAAGGCUCCCUCCGCAUGAUGAACGCAGAGAAACUGCUCAAGACGCUGCCAGUGCUGCAAGCUCAGUUGGAUGCAUUGCUGGAGUUCGACUGCACCGCCAACGACCUCACCAACGGAGUCAUCAACAUGUGCUUCAUGCUUCUAUUCAGAGAUCUCAUCAGAUUAUUCGCGUGCUACAACGAUGGUAUCAUAAAUCUGCUGGAAAAGUACUUCGAUAUGAACAAGAAGAACUGCCGAGAGGCUCUCGAUCUCUAUAAAAAAUUCCUAAUCAGGAUGGAUAGGGUCGGAGAGUUUCUGAAGGUAGCAGAAAACGUAGGGAUAGACAAAGGAGACAUACCAGACUUGACUAAAGCGCCGAGCAGUCUUCUGGACGCCCUUGAAGGUCAUCUCGCUAGUCUGGAAGGCAAGAAAGGAUCCGCUGCCAAUACUCCCACACAGACUGCUAGCGCACAGAAGAACGUAGCGAGCGUGAUGGGCGCUCUAUCUUCCACGUCGUCCUCGUUCGGCAACGCGGCCGCGUCCACGCGCCUCGACUCGCAGACCAACGGCAAUCUGUUCAUAGACGACUCGCUGAAACAGCAGGUGCUCGCGGAGGAGGAGGCCGCUAUGAACCAGUACAAGGUUCACUUAUAUCAAGGCGACGGGAUCACCGGCGAAGAAGACAUCUCGGAUAUAUCGGAGCGAUUCAAUAAGGUACAAUCUCCAACGAAUUCGGCUGCAAACAACCCAUUCCUGUCAACCGGACCCCCGGCAGGCCAGCCUCAAAAUCAGAACCAAUCUAUCGUGGACCUCUUCGGACCAACGCCGUCGGAUGCGACCAACACUAACACGAGCAAGGCUUCCGACGAUCUGUUGUCUUUGGGCAACCCUUUCGCGGACAUGUUUGGAGCGGCGCCCGCCACCACUGCGUCACCCGCGUGGCAGAGCAACGGCUUUGCCGCGUUCCCGGCCGCGCCGUCCGCGCCGCAGCCCAACACGUUCGUGUCCGAGGCUAACUUCACUAACGUUUUCAGUAACAAUGACACCGCAGCUGCCGCGAACCCAUUCAUGGGUAUGGGGGAUCCGACCCAACCAAUAACCGCAUCCCCGGCCCGACCUCCGCCUCCAAACGUCCAACCCAAAUCCGCCUUCGAUGACCUUGAGGAUGUCAUGCGAAUGUCACUUGGCGGGUCACCAGCUAAACAGCCCCAGCCGAUUACCCAACAGCCGCAGCCAAUGCCGUUCGGUGACGUCAUGAACAUGCCGAUGUCGCAGCCGAUGAUGUUUGGCUCCCCAGCAAGGCAACCGAUGAUGCCGAUGGCUGCCAUGGGACAACAAACACAACAACAACAGCCGGGCAAGGUGCUCACAGGUGACCUCGACUCUUCGCUGGCCCAGCUCGCCAACAAUCUCACCAUAAACAAAACAGCUUCCGCUCAAAAACCGAUGCUGUGGAGCUCGCCAAAGAAUGCGUCAAAGACCACCACGGCCUGGAGUCCGCAGCCCAUGCAGGCCACAACGGGUGCUGGAUACCGCCCUAUGGGCCACGGCAUGACGUUACAACCAAUGCCCCAUACAUUACCCCAUUCGCUACCCCAUACGUUCCACCCCCCGCAUUUUGUUCUGGACCAGUCUGCACAACAGCAACAGCCAGCCAUGGUAAUGGGUAUGAACGCGUCAAACAUGAUGCCGAUGGGCGCCAUGCAACCAAUGAGACCACCCAUACCCCCACAACCUACCAACCAGUUCAGUUAAACUGUUUGAUUGCAUAGUUUAUUUGAAAUUGAGUUUUGUGCCCUCGAUAUUGGGUUGAUUUCUGAACAUCGUUUUGUGUUUUGUCUUGCAAUACUAUAACGCGCAUGUGAAUGGUUAUUUGCAAAUUUAAACUUAGACAAAUAGUGCGUUCGAUAUAGCUGUAGAGUUGAAAGUAGAAGAUCGUGGAAAUUCAUAAGAAAAGAAAAAAGGAACCCAGUCAGUUCGCAACAGGUGUUGGCAGCUCAAGAAGAAAUUUUCUUAAUGGUAUAAAUUUGUAUUAACUAUCCCAAUUAAAAUGUGGUGUAGAGUUUUAACAGUCCUAAUAAAUUGGGUAUUUGCAUUUU